AUGUGAAUUUAAAGAACAUCAAACAAUUAGAAUCAAGUUAAUCCAGCUAUUUAGCGCUGGAUGGAAGGCGACGGCCCCGUCAGGGAGCCUCGCGGCUCCUCGUGGUGUGAACAACUAACGAGUUGCCUUUGAAAGGGUGAGGCGCCAGGCGGGUAAACAGCGACCAUUUGGGAAGACGUGUUAGCUAUAGGAAGUGAAAUAUGGCUUAAUUCCCUUUAGACUCAUAUUGAAACUACUUGUAUAACGAUGGCAGAGACGCCAGGACGUAGAUAAAAGAAUUCCGGCCAAUGUUUACCAGAAACUUGAAAUUAUUAUCUCAUUUAGGUCUUAUGUAGCAAAGAGAGAAAGUGAAGUAAAGACCAAGACUAGAGAUAAACGUCUCUAAAACUGAAUUAGUGAAGGAAAAAAAAGUGUUCGUGACCCUGCUGCUGAGAAAGUAACGGAACAGAGUGUUGGGAUUAAGCUUUAGUGUGACUUUCCUGAGGUUCGUGAGAAAACUGGAACUCAAGACUGGAUCAUAAAAUUAACUGAAGCACUGAACUACUCACUGGAAAUGAGUAACCUUGAAAAUUAAACUUAGUGGAGCACAUAAAUCAGAAAAUAAGUUGAGAGUAAAGGAAGCACAGGACUUGGAAAAAUAUGAAAUGAAAAGUGAUAUUAAAAAGUUCGAAAAAAAGAAGCCAACGAAGAAAAUAAUGAAAUAUAAGAACAGAAACCAAUAAAUGAGGAAAAUAAGGAAGCACAGGAACCUAAAAACAGUGAAAAUAUGAAACAGAAACCAGGAAAUGAAAGAAAAGAAAAGAAAAAUCAUGGAAAAUGGAUAAAAAUUGAAAAACAAAAAUCUAUGCAGAAAAUAAAGUGACUUACAUUAUGCCUUAUAUAACUUAAUACGAAUUCCCUUCCAGAUAUAAUAUAAGAUAAAACGAAAAAAAAAAAAAAUGUGCCGUUCGUAGGACACUGCAGGAAGAAAAAGAACAGUGAUUUUGUUAAAAGAAGACAGCAAAAGUAAGUCCAUGUGACAUCAAGGGAAGAGGAAGAGUCGGUAAGAGACAGCAGGAGACUCUUGUGUGGCGAGAGGAACACCUGAGGAGAAAAAAGCGUCAGGGCGUGUUGCCUUCCAAGAGACCCAUGUACAGUUGCUGCACUGGUCACCGUGUGGGACCUCGAGCUCCACGCAUGUAAGACGUCGACUAGGGUGGGCGAGGCGACGGAUCCCACCGAAGACGCAUGUGAAGUCCGAACAGGUCGCGGUGAGCAGGUGGCAGCGGUCCUGUGGUGCCUGCUGAUUAACCUCGUAAUGGUGCCGUGAUGGUUAGCGGCAGGUGGUGCGCGACCUCGCCUGCCCCCUGCUGCCGCCGCCUCUUGCACCCCGCCGCCCCUCCCGACCUCUGACGAUGCGAUCGACUCCGCGGACGGGUAGGGGCGGCGGCGCCUUGGCCUCGUCCAUCAGCAGAAGUAUUUCCGGAUCCAAGUGACUAGGACUGGGGACGUCUCGACGUGGGGGGCGCGACCCCCAUACCGCCGGGGGCCGCGCCUCUGGCCGUUAUGUGCGGGGGUGUCUCCGUGUGGUGCAAGUGAGCGCGCGUUACCUCAUCUCCGCCAGCCGCGCUCCCACCACCAUCAUGAGGUCUAGGAAGAAGGAGGGGGCCGUCAAGCCCUCCCGCAAGAUGGAUAAGCGGUCUAGCCGAGGUGUUAUGUUCGAGAAUGAGGAGCUGCGCAUGAGAACGAUCGAAAUAAACGCAGAGGUUGAUCGCGGUCAUUCUGAUUUGCGGAAGUUGCAAAGAGAAAAUCAAACAUUAAAGCAGCAGGUGUGGACGCUCCGUGACGAAUAUGAUAAAUUGGAAAGUUUCGUAAAAAAAAUGGAUGGAGAAAGUGACGACGACGGUGAUGACGACGAAGACGAAGACGAUGACGACGACGAACUGGAGAAGCGAUUCUGCCCAUCCAAGAUCGACGAAGAAGAAGAGGAAGAUGAAGGAAAUGUAGAAACUGAUAACCUAGAAAACUUGCAGAAAGUGUAUAGUGGUAAAAUGCGGAGUGUUGAGUAUACAAUGCGUCAGGCGGCCUCCUUGGACAGCGGUGGGCCGUCUGCGGGCUGCAGUCAGGCUCAGUGUUCAGUGGCCACCGCGGGAGCCUCUUGCUCCGGCCCAGUGGACGAUCUGGCUGAGCCGGGACCAGUGAGGGUUUGCGUGUCUAGUGAUAACCCGAACUACGUGGGGGACGAAAACUCUGCAACACCAGCAGAGCCUCUGCAGCCCUUGAGUAGUGAAACUUUUUUAUCUCAAACUGAUCAUUUCAACUUAGACCAACUUCUUGACUUUGCGUCUUCAUUCCAUUACGACAGAAAGCGACACCUGGCAGAGGAACCGUUACCCAUGGCCCUUCCACCCGAGGAGCGGCCCGCUUCCCCUCCGAGAGAGGCAGCGGGUCCUGACCCGGGCUACUCCACCGUCAGGCGUCGCUCUGCCACUGUCAUAGAAAAACUUAAAACUGGUUCUAACACUGGUGCGUUAGUGAAGGAAGUGAAACAGUUAUCGCUUUGUAACGAUGACGCCACAACUUCCGCUUCUAUUCCAAUAAGUGAAGCCCCAGAAGCGACUCGCACGACAACUGUCAACUAUACUCACUCUUCCUAUUUCUUCUCCGGCCCGCUGGACGGUAGCCGCAGUCAGUCCCUGGGUACAGGCCUUAACUCGGCCGCUAAUGUUACUUGUACCCCCAGCAGUCCCGCGGGUCCCCUCUACGCCUCCAGCAGUGCUUCCAACAUUGGGACCUCCUCUUCAUUGGAAGCGGGAUUACCCUUCGUCUCCGUCUACAAUCCUCGCAUGUCCCUGGUGCGUCUAAACAGCAUUGAGCCAAAUACUAUCAUGGUCUCGGUGGCCGACAUGCCUCAGCUAUGGGACAUUACGACUCAAGAGAUCAUAGACGAACUUGAGCAGCAAGCUGAGGGAACACUGAUGUCCAUUCGCGGCGUGAGGGUGGUGGGUCGUGCAGCCUACAUCAGCUUGGGUCGUCGUGACGCCCUGCAGCAAUUGUUGACUCAUGGGCUCACGGUGCGAGGUGGGAAGGUGCCUCUCAUCGACAUAACUCGGGAAUCCAUCGUUCUGGCUCUCACUGGCGUCCCUCACUACAUAGCUGAUGCCACCCUUGUUAUUCUUCUCUCAGCUUUUGGCGUCAUUAUAGGAGAGUUGGAGCGUCGAUUCUACAAAGGAGUGGAUACAGGCGAGCGUUUUGUGCGCAUGAAGCUCAAAAAGCACGUCAAGUUACCCAAGUAUGUAACUGUGGGAGGAUGUCGCAUCGUAAUAACUGUUCAUGGUCGCGACGCCCCUGCACAGCUACACAUACCUGAAUGGGGCACCAAAACGUCCAGCGCUCCAGCACCUAAAACCACCUCCCAUCCCAGCCACGCACCUCACACCUCUGAAGCGUCCCACACUGAUCUCACCACCCCUGUCUCCCCGGACUCGGGACAGUGCUCGGAGCCAUCCUCUAGUGAUAAAUCUUGUGAGCGUGUGGAAGGUCGGGAAGCGGUGGCGAGAACAGAGACCAACUCACAAACUGAUAGUCGUCUUACUGCUAAAACCUCCUCAAAAACCUUCUCAAGCAGGUGCAUAGUGAACCUAAAGUUACCAGAGAGACCUGCACCCACCAACCCUUUACCAAGGCCACGUGAAGGUUCCGCCCCGCGAGACGUGGGUCCAAGUUCAAGUGGAGGCGGCCUGGCUGUCAGCACUGGAACUCCGGCCACUCCGCUGGCGGCGGGUCACUUGCUGAGAGCCGGGUCUUUAUACCGAGGCAGUGGACCCCCUUCUCAGACGAGCACUGUCAGUAAUUCUCCCGCCAACAGCAGGAGACACUCCCGCGUGGGUUUAGUAGAUCCUCGCGCAUCGGAGUCCACUAGGCCGCGGCCCAGCUCAGUAGUGUUCGACGAACAGCCCCGCGAAGCUCCAACGCCGCCACGGGCUAUGCUAACGCCACAGUUUCCUCAGCACCAUGGACACGGACAUCCCAUUUCCAUUAGCCCCAUACCCUUAGCCAACGGCAUCCUGAGGAAAGCGUCCGGGUCAGAACAGGAAGCUCUUCUUCCAACUAGCCAUAAACAUACCGCUUCCAUAAGAAACAGACUGAAAAUAGGUCGUAGUAUGUCUUAUGACGCUGGAAAACAGAAAAUGGCUGCAGAGAAGGAAAAGAAGAAAUUGAGUAAGAUGGAGAGUAUCAGUGAGAACACUAUCAAUGAUGACGUGAGUGAUAUCACGCCCCUGGGUGCCGGUGCUCGCAGAGACUCCGAGAAGAGCUCGGUCAGUGCCAACAGUAAAAGUAGUAGCAACACCAACAAAAAGAAGGAGCCGGCUAUAGACCUGCCGUGGUGUGGUUGUUGGGGCAACGGUUGUUUUUAGCGUGUAGAUCACUCACUGGUACCAGUUCCAUCCUUUGUAUUUAUCGUUAUUUUUUUCUAGUCCAUAAUUCUUGUCCCAGACGUUACCUAGUCUUCAUCCAGUAGUGACUUAGUGUUGGACAGCGAUCAGAAACACACGUCUCGGCUGACUCGUUGUAUAUAUCAUGUUACUUAAAUCAUGGCCACAUUACCCAUAUUAUUUUCCACUGUCAAUCAAAAGGUAGCAACCAUUCAUAACGAUGACCCACGCUCAUUACAAAUACCAUGACUAUCCUGUACAGACUCAAACGUGCUACAAUGAACCUCCUCCCCGGCCACCAGCAGUCUGGCGGUGCAGUGCGCAGACAUCCGCCGUGAAUUGAUGAGUUAGUCACCUGCAAUGCUCUCUCAAGGCUCCAGCCAUGCCAGUCGCACGCAUUGACAAAAUUUAAUUGCUUUCUAAAAUUAUCGAGUUUUAUAAGGAUAACUUAUUUCCCAUAAUUGUGUUUAGAAAGAUCUAUACAUAUUCCAUGAGUACAAAUCCGUGGCUGAGCAUUCUUUGUGGGUCAGCAGAAUGAUUGGUUGUGUCCACCGUUGUAUUUUUAUGAGCAUAUCAGGGGCAAGGCCUCGCCCCUGCACCCGGCACCACCUCGGCCCUCUCGUUCUGUUGCUGCAGUACAAAAGGCCUUUUGUGUUUGAUGCCACAACAAUCUGGUUUAUUUUCUUUUCCUGCUUCCUGGAAUGUGACCUGAAGAGUUGACGGUGAACUUCGCCCAUUGGUUCAUGGUGGUUCAUAUUUCGUACCGAGUUACAAGAGAGGAUACUAAGCUUCAUGUGGAUGCAGUGUAGGGCUCUAGGCCAGAAUUUGAAAGUAUUUUUGUGGGUAACUAAGCACUCGCCCAUGUGUAUUAAGGCCGUAUUCCUCGAAUAUCACUCGUCGAGCAGCGCCGCCACCGCUUGGCCCACCCGCCCUGGUUUCUCCCGUGGCAGCCUCGGACUGAAGCCGUUGUUGCUUGUUGUUUGUUGUUACCAUAAAACAAAUGUAUAUCUCAGUUUAUAUUCCUUGGACAUCACCCACCAACCUGCAUAGUUACCGGUGGCGCUGAGGGAGCGGGGCGGGGCGGGGCGGGCUGGGGGCGAGCCGGCGUGCUGUGGGGCAAUACAGUACUCCAGUGGUCUCCAGCUGUCCGCGCGGCUCCCGCUCGGCCUUGGGAUGGGCCGCCGCCGGUAAUUAGACACUGAGUAUAUUAUUAGCCUUAGUGAAUACCGAGAUAUUUUAUACACUUACUGCUUGGUCCCAUUACUAGUGUUCCCUUGACGCGGCCAGACCUUCGUACGUAUAUCUUGUGUUGAUCACUUACAGCGAGUUGGUUACCUGGUCAGGUGCUCAAGGGAAAAUGUAUCUUAUAUCUUAUAUUGAAAUUCAUUAAAGUUAGCGAGGUUUGUAACACCGAUGGCCCGCCGUGGAGACCGGCCUCCUCACCGCCAGGGUCCUCUUUGUUGGGUGAAAUUAAAGACGUCAGCAUGUUGGGAGAGUCGCCCAUCGAGUCUCCGGAAGAGAUCGCCGUGUAAGAGUUCAUUAAUAACAGUAAUGUUGAUAAAGUUAUUUAAAUAAGAUGCGUAUGGGAUGUUUCCUUGGGCUGUUAGUUGAGGCGUCUUUAAUUGUAUUGCUAGAAGGGUGGGAGGAGGCGCCGAGGAGGCCGGGAAGUGUUGUGCAGCAGCCUCGGCCUCGUGGCUGAGGCAGCUGCCAGCACUACCCUCGCCCGCCACGACUCAACCAGGUACAAGAAACUGCAUUCAUUUUCAUACGGGAAUGGUAUUCAAAUUCUGAGAGCAAGCCUUACAAGACGUGCUGCUAGCGCUUCUGCUUGUAAUUUUGAUAUUUUGUAAAAGUUGUUAUGAUCAAUGUUGUUGUUUAUAUAGUUAUUUUCCUAGAAAAUUAUAAAUCCCCUUGGCUACCACACGAAAUUGGUCAGGUUGUUCAGAAAAGUGACCACAAUCAUAUUUUCUUCAAAUUGAAAGUUAUUAAUUGCAGAGGAUAUAAUAAUAUAUAAUGGUGCUUUUGGUAGUCUAAGAUUUUUUUUUUCAAGAGUUAUGGGCGGGAAGUAUAUUAUAUAGUAUCAUGUGGAAGGUUACGUUAUGUUUGUAAGGAAAAGAAAAUUUCAUUUUGUUCAGAUUCCAAUAAAUAUUGAACAGGUUUUGUAUUUAUAUAACCU